UCAUCCUCACUUAUUUGCCAGUCGUGUCACGGGGCGCUUCGCUCACCGUCCAGCCUCCAUGUCUCUGAGCCGCCCCGCUUGUUAGCAGUCCGGUGCGGCGCUUCAGACGCCCACUCCGCCGCCCACCGCUGCGUCCCGUCUUGGCGGCUCCGCCCCUGUGCCACGAGGAGCCGCGCACUGCUUGUCAGUCCUCACACGGCACUCAACACACGUGACACUCGCCCGCCCACAGGUCACGUCCCACACCCGCCUGGAAUACUGGCGGCGACACCCUGUGACAGUGACGAGCAUCACGCACGCCGGCCACGCGCCCACCACGUCCGCCACGCACGGCACCUGACCGGGCACGCCCACCAACUGCUCCGUGCCCAACACGUGCUGUCAGGACACACUUGGUCACGCUCAGUCUGGUGCUGACCGUGGUGAACUGAGGCAACCUUGUAACCGUGGCCUUGCCUCCCCCCAGUGAGUGUAGACGCCUUGUGAUCCUCACAGUGACCGGUGUCGUGUUCUCUCCGCCCGCCUUGCAGUGUUUUUCCUGCGUCUGUGACCCUUCGAGUAUCCACUUGUGAUCCCAGAUCUAAGUGACAGUAUCAGGGUGACCCCGUCGCCAUUUCAUCAAGACACAGUGCUGUAUUUUCAUAUUAUACUCAACUGGCUUGCGUUCCAUCGUUCUACAGGAGUUCAAAGCCCCUGAAAAGGCCUAUUCUGAAGUGGUCCCGUCCUGAUCGCCAUUCAGCAGCGCUGGCAUCGUCACUGAUGGAGGGUGGAACCUACGCCCACCCGCCGGGCGUCACACAAGCAGCGCGACCAUAAACAUAUUGCACCCCAGAAACACUGAGACAAGUCUGAGGAAAUGAUCCUGUCAUAAAAGUGAUUCGAGUCAUUUAUUUACUUUUGCACUCCCUCUGCGCUCACCUGCCGCCUGCCCGUGCUGCUUCCUGAAGGCCUGACAGGUGUGCGUGUGAGUGCGUAUGUAUGUGAGUGCGUGUGUUUUGGUGCGUGUGUGUGUGUGUGUGUGUGUGCAUGUGCGUGUGUGUGUGUGUAUGUGUGUGUGAGUGCGUCUGUAUAUGAGUUCGUGAGUACGGAGUCACACCGUCGCGCUCUGCCUUGUCCCAUUUUAGUAAAUCAAAGUAAUCUGGAGCAUUGCCUUUGAGGAUUCCCAGCCACCACAUUCACCGGAAGAAGAUUACUCGCUCUAGUGAUUAACCUGAAAGCCGACACUGAAGCGUCCACUGCGGCAGAGACUUAUCCACUUCACCUCAUCCCUCUGUGUAUCUUCCUCCUGCUUCUCUGCGUGGCUCUUCCCAGGCCGAGCUGUGCCACAGUAGCUUCGUGAGUCGGCCCGGUAUCCUAAGGCAGUGUCCCAAGCGGAAUCUGUGACUCGGAGCCCGCCACCGCACCACGCCGAGCAGCAGGCGGCGGGUCGAGGCCGCCAGGGAGUGUGAGAGUAGCAUUCACUAAAGAGCCAGUAGGAAAUAGUUAAUCCCUGCCGAAGUUCAAGUGGCGAUCGCUGGUCAGAAAAUCACGCCAACCUUAGUCUUUGGGUCAAGAUGGCCGACUGGUACGGCUCGCGGGAGCAGUUGAUGUCGCUGCACGGACUAGACACCGCCAUGUUGGGGUACGGCAUGAGCGCCGCAGCCUUCCCGCCCAUCCAGCCCGACGCCUAUUCGCACGCCCACGCUCACGCCGCCGCCGCAGCAGCCUACAACUUCCAGAGGCAGCCUUCAGUCACGUCAGGCUUUCCUCACUCAUGCUUUGCACCAGACCAACAGUGGCGACAAUUGCCAGAUGGAAGCAUCCUGGAGCUUCGGAAAGAGAAGUCCAGAGAUGCAGCGCGAUCCAGAAGAGGCAAAGAAAAUUAUGAGUUUUACGAAUUGGCAAAGAUGCUGCCGCUCCCUCCUGCCAUCACCUCACAGCUGGACAAGGCAUCAAUCAUCCGCCUCACCAUCUCCUACCUCAAGCUGCGAGAGUUCACCUUGCACGGAGACCCGCCCUGGCCCCGAGAUAUGUCCAACAACAAGUCUCUCAAAGAUAUCCUACAGGACCAACGCACCAACAUCAGGCCUCGCACGAUGUCUGGGAUGACCAUGGACAUCUUUGAGAACCACCAGGGAACUCACGUCCUCCAGAGUCUCGAUGGGUUCGCCUUCACGCUGGCGGCCGACGGGAGGUUCCUUUACAUCUCAGAAACAGUGUCCAUCUACCUUGGGCUAUCACAGGUGGAGAUGACAGGCAGCAGUGUCUUUGAUUACAUCCACCAGCAGGACCACCAGGAGCUAGCGGACCAGCUCGGCCUGACUCUCGCCACUGGUCAACCGCUGCCGUCUCCCUCCUCCCUGGGUUCUGAGGAAGGGGCGACAGGCUCACAGGGAACCAUGAACCCUGACGGUAAGCUUCCAUUGGCGACGUGCAUGUCCCUGGGUGCCAACUCCCAGUUCAAAGGCUACGACCGAGCCUUUUGUAUCCGCAUGAAGUCCACGCUCACCAAGAGGGGAUGUCACUUCAAGACCUCUGGAUACAGGGUAGUAUUAGUCUUGGGUCACUUGAGACCUCAGUACGUCUUCAGCCACUCCCGCAAGAGCACGCCACAGCUGAUGGGUCUUGUCGCCCUGGCCAUUGCCCUCCCGCCUCCUUCAGUUCACGAAGUUCGCCUCGAAUCCGAUAUGUUCGUCACCAGAUUAAACUUCGACUUCAGGAUAGCACACUGCGAGCCCAAAGUUGCUGAUCUGCUGGACUACGCGGCGGAGGAGCUACAGGGGCGGUCACUCUACUCCCUGUGUCACGGGCAAGAUGUGGAAAGGCUACGCAAGACACACAUUGAUCUGAUUCAGAAGGGCCAGGUGAUGAGUCCUUACUUCCGCCUGCUCAACAAGACUGGAGGCUACACAUGGGUUCAGAUAUGUGCCACUGUGGUCGUCAACAACAAGAACGGCGACGAGCAAAACAUCAUCUGUGUAAAUUAUGUUAUAAGUAGGGCAGAAUACGAGAGUCUAGUGCUAGACCAGACGCAGCUUGAUCCCGCCCUAGCGAACAUGAAGUCUGACGACCUGGAAUACCCCAACGCUGCAACGCCCGAGCCCAGAGAAGGCGGGUCGAGGGCGGUGAGUGAAGACACGGGUGGGUCCCCUCGGCCGGCAGUGUCCACCUCUGGCGGGGGCGGGGGAGACACACGCUCUCCUAUGGGCCAAACAGAGUCCAUCACCACGCCACUCCGAGGUACACCAAGUGUUCCCUUAGACGGGGCUCAGAUUAAAACGGAGGCCACUGGCGGCCUAUUGACUCCGAUGGGGAAUGCUGACCUCCCCGAGGACUCAAGUGGUGGUUGUGAAAGAACGUCCUCCCCAGGCCACAUCUCAGAGCCCCCAGCAUCCACCCCGGGCACUCCUCACGCCCGGGCCACCCCCAUGAUGACCACCACCCCCAUUGAGGCGUCCCCAGGAGCCAAUGUGCCCCCGCCUCCUCACAACGAUGAAGGAGCUGUAAGAAACCUGGAGGCGGCUAUGACCAGACACCUUCCCGACGACACCACAGACUUCUCCACCGACGCCCUCCUGAAGGGCGGCGCCACUUCCACCUCCAUGAACAACGCCGGGCAGCGCUCCACCAUCCAGUGGGUAGGCAACGCCAGCGCUCAGCAGACCUCGGCACUCCCAGCCUCCACGCUCCUAAGACAACUGUACGCCAGCCGGGAGAGUGUCAUCAGGUCAUCAGUGCAGCGGUCCUAUUACUCCGAGAUGGGGUCAGCCCUUCCAACGCCUCCUGGCUCUGAAGGUUACCAGGACGCCAUGUUCGGAAAGGGACAUGACUUUCCCUAUCCUGGCAGUGGUCUGACUGCCUCUGGCUACCCCGACUAUCAUUCCGCCAUGACGCCGCCCUCCAGUGUGUCUCCCCGGGAAAAGAUGGCCGGAGACUGCGGUGACCUGCGAGGAGCAUCUGCAGGCUACCUAGGUGAUGGAGGAGGCUUGCCCGCCCAGCCCGUGCCCCUCAAGCCUCAAGUGUACUCCUAUGGCUCCUCAGGGGUGCCACUGGACUCCUCAGCUUACUCCGCCCCUCUCUCAGACCAGGCUGGACUAUACACGCCCUCCAGUUUUCAUCUGUAUCAUGCAAAUUCAACAAAAUCCACCUCAUCCUAUGACAGCCUUCGCACUGGGGGUUCGUGGUACGCACCUUCGUCAUAGCAACAAUUUCCCUGUCAAGGCUCCUAUGAGACAGACUUCAGCAUCAAUAUGCACCGCAGUAAUUUUCAUAAGUAGGGUGCCGGUGUGGUCAGGUUGUGUGGGCACUUGAGUUUUUUGCAGUCUGAUUGUUAUGGCAACUUUACUCAGAUAGCGAAGACACUACAGCAGAGAGAGAGUGCUCGCAGUAGGAGUAGUACCAAGACAUAGACUUGCCCUGGAAAAAAAACGGGAAAAAAAAACUACAUGAAGUAAAUAGACAGGCAGAGAGUUUGUACAGUUUAUGGUGGUGAUCGAAGGACUGUGUUGACUUCACCCAACAGUAUUUAAGCAGCAGUAUGCAUGUAGGUUCGUAGUGCAGCAGUCAUUACCUCUUCUUGCAUCAACAUUCGUUGUCAUGCCUCUAAGCUGGACUGAAAGAGUGUGUCUGGUCUUACAGCUCUGUUCAUCCGUCUUCCAAGGGCUCUCCAGAAUACAUAUCGCCACAACUUUGUCCUUUCUGAUUGAUCUGUCAGAAUUAUUUGGUGACAGCGUUCAUGUGGAGGUGAAUUAAGCUCAUGAGAAUGAGUUUAAACAUAUCUGUUUGGAAUCUACUGAUCUUGGGUGCCCCGAAGGAAGCUCAUUCCAGGUAGGGUAAUAUAUCGUGCUAUAAUAAGGGUUGUAAUACAGUCUCAAUACUUCUUUUUAAUAAGAAUAACGAGAUGGAAGUUGCAGAGAAACAUUGUAAGGUGAGAUCACAUAUGAAAUAUGAUUUACUGGUGAGGAGUGAUAGAGAUGAUAGAAAAUACAACCUAAGCUUUACCUACUCUAUAAUUAAUUUUAUGAAUAUAUAU